UGUUUGGUUUGGAAAGUUGGUCAAACGGCGCCUUUCGUCUAGUCGCUAAAUCAGUUUGCUUGUUUGACGUCAUGUGCUCAGUGCCCGUGAACCAUCGCUUUAACCUGCUUUCUUAAGAAAGGGAGUUAGUGAAACCUCCCGUAACGCCAGUUCUCCUGAAUGUGUCCCCCCCCCCGCCGCUCCCCCCGGGAGACCGUUUACCGGGCCGUUAUGUGAGGACAACAGAACUCCACGAAACGAUUGAGCCUUCAGAGCCUUUUGAUGGGCUGACGGAUGAAACGGCGUUCCCAGGAGAUAACGGCGUUGGCGUCUCAGGGGCCCCGUCGCAGCCAUGUCAGAGGAGCCUCCGCCGUUCGUGAACCCUCCGCCUCCUGAGGUCACCAACCCCGUGGGGCCCCGCCGGAGGACCAACCAGCUGCAGUACAUGCACAACGUAGUGAUGAAAUCCCUGUGGAGGCACCAGUUCUCGUGGCCUUUCCACCAGCCCGUUGAUGCAGUCGCUCUUGGGCUACCAGAUUACCAUCAGAUCAUAACAUUUCCCAUGGACCUGGGAACCAUCAAGAAGCGACUGGAGAACGACUACUACUGGAGUGCGAGUGAAUGUUUGCAGGACUUCAACACCAUGUUCACCAACUGCUACAUCUACAACAAGCCCACAGAUGACAUCGUGCUGAUGGCGCUCGCCGUGGAAAAGGUUUUCUUGCAAAAAGUGGCACAGAUGCCGCAGAUGGAAGUGGAGAUCAUUCCUCACGCCCCGAAAAGGAAGGGCAGAAAAAAUAGCACCCCAGCUGCAGGCGGACAGAAGGGAGCCGAGACCACGUGUCCAUCGGCCGCGACACCCGCCACUCAGCCGAGCCCCAGCAAGCUGCCCUCCAGCUCAUCCUCCGUGCCCAAACGGCCUUCACACGCCGCCGCAAAAAAGAAAGGGCUGAAGCGGAAGGUGGAGGGCGCCACCAACCUCUCCACAGAAGCUGAAACCCCUAAAGACGCGGCCCAACAGAAGGGGUCCGAACAGCUCCAGCACUGCAACGAUAUCCUGAAGGAGAUGCUGUCCAAGAAGAACCUGGUCUACGCGUGGCCUUUCUACAAGCCCGUCGACGCUGAAGCUCUGCAGCUGGACGACUACCACCACAUCAUCAAGUACCCCAUGGACCUGACCACAGUGAAGAAAAAGUUGAACGGAGGAGAGUACGCGGAUGCACAAGGCUUCGCCGCAGACGUUCGGCUCAUUUUCUCCAAUUGCUACAAAUACAACCCGCCACGUCACGAUUUUGUCUCUAAGGCCAUAAAGCUUCAGGCUUUGUUCGAGAAGAGGUUUGCAAAGAUCCCAGAGGAGCCGGUGGAGUUGCCGUCGCCGGCCAGGAGGGCGGGUUUUAGUGGGAACGGCUCCUACAACGCCGAAAAAUCAGACUUGGGGGACGAGUGGGCCGAACCCGCCCGACGCGCUGGCUUUCAACAGCCGCUGUCUGCCUACUGUGACGUCUCUGCGCGUCCACCCAAUAAGGGGAACGACAAGGACACGAAAGAGGACAACAGGCAACAAGAAGGCAGCGCGAAUCCCAACUCCAGGUGCUCGUGGUUGGGGAGCGACGUCUGGGAUUCAGAGGACGAAAGUCUGCAGAUGACGUAUGACGAGAAGCAACAGCUGAGCCUCGACAUCAACCGCCUACCCGGGCUGAAGCUGGGCCGCGUGGUGCACAUCAUCCAGAGGCGAGAGCCCUCGGCGCACGACACCAACCCAGACGAGAUCGAGAUCGACUUUGAGAUACUGAAGCCGUCCACUCUCCGGGAGCUGCAGCGAUACGUCAAGUCGUGUCUGUAUAAGAAGUUCAAGAAAUUUCAAAAGUUAAGCAGUCGCUCAGCGCCUCAUCUCGUCAGCCGCAGCACUUCCUCAGAUUCUGCCGCCAGCACCUCCAGUGACUCCAGUUCAGAAAACAGCGACUCCUGACGGCUGUAAUAUUUAUAUUUAUAUUUAUUUCUUUGUUUAUUAUCAAAAGAGAGCUCUGCGAAACUGUCGAACAUGCCUAUUUUCCAAAUGUUUAAAUAUUUAGGUAUGGGAAUUUGAUUGUACUCUGCCUUUCUCACUCAUUCCUUGUACAUCGUAAUAUCCGGCAAUGGUAUUUCUUAUCAGCGGUUAUAAAUUGAAUGGGGCAUAUUUCAUAACAUGGGAGUUUAAUAUCCUGUUUCUGUCACUCAUUUUGCCCGCGCUCUUUAAUUACAAGACGGGCCCUUUUCAAAACACGCCAUUGAAAUGAAGUAAUAUUCUUCUCAACAUCAUUUUUUGCAGCAGACCACUUUCUAUAGUAGCUCAUGAAGGAUGUUGUGUAAGAAACAACCUCAAGCACGUUGCACAGUUAUGAGGGCUGCUGUGCUGUCUGAGACCUUCAUGGUGACCAUAUAGUCAUGUAGUCUAAACCUGUACUCCGUAUCAGGUGUGGAGGAAGCAUUAUCUAUGUUUUGCUGUUCAGCACUAAAUGCAUGUGCCAAUUUUAUUUUCUACCUUUUUAAAAUAUUUUGUUUAUUUUCUUUGACUUCCACUUUUUUUGGUUGUCAUCCGCGAUAUAAAAUACUGCUCGUACACACUGCUAGUGUCGAGCCGUCCGUCAAGCAGUAAUCACCUCUGUUGAAUGUUUGGGGCAUAAUGCAGAGCUGUAAGUGUGUUUCCCCCCCCAGGCUUCCUAACAUGGUAUGGAAGUCAACUUGAGUUCAUUGAUGUAAACAUCAUGCCUGCUGUUCUUCACGCCCCCCCCUACCCCCCCUUCCCUGUUGCACGCCGUUUCAUUGCUGCUUUUUCAAACCUGUUAAAACGCUAACAACCUACUUUGUGUUUAAGUCUCUAGAUAUCCAAAAUGCCAUCUUUAUAUUAACGCUUUAUAUGCUCUUGUUUCCAACUAUGUUUUUUUUUUACUAUUUGGUUGCUAAUAAUAAUGACAACAUUUGUGAUCAAAUAAUAUUCCAUUUACUGUUUUGUUACGUUAAUAAAAGUAAAAGCACAAA